UUACUCUCAGCCCGAGAAUCGCACCAGGGCACCGCAAGUCCGGUAAUUGGACCCAAAAUGUCUCAUCAGGUCAUAUCAGAGUCAUCGUGGCGCAGAUUAUGGCGCUUUCGAGCGCAUUCUUUGGUGUGGACGCCAGCAUUAUUUCGUGACGUUGUCCACAGGCUCUUUGGAAGCAUUCGAUUGAUACAAUGCAUGCAACUUCUCUGAUACUCCGCUGCCAUUUCUGCCCCAAGUCCCUGACCACAUUCCGACUGCCUGGUCCACUGUUCACACUCGACUCGUGACAACUCGCGACUCCCUCAACUUCUGGUCUUCUGGUGCCGCUCAACUCGGGUUAACACAGAUGAGGUGAGGCGGGCAGGGGUCAACGAUUCGAGCCU